CUUUGAGAAAAAAUGGUUGACAUAAGUAUUUUGAAUUUAAAUGACGAUUGUCUUCACCACAUUGUAAAGUAUCUAAGCAUCAAGGAUCUCGUUAACUUAGCAGAAACGCUUCCAAGAUUUCGAGAGAUUCUGUUGGACAGACCGGCAACCUUUUACCCAGUUCAUCAUGGAAACGAUCCCGAGGGCGAGAAACCAGUAUUGUAUUACUCCACAGUUGCCGUCAAGCUAAUGAGGAUCGUAAAAAAUAACGUAAAAACUCUGGGAGUUAUCCAAGGAUUUAGUUAUGAUAAAGAGGAUCUUGGCAACUCAGUCAAGGACUUUAGAAUUCUCACAAAAGAAAGGAAUAAAAUUGAUUUGAGGUAUUGCCUUGGAGAAGUAUCCAGACUUGAGGAUAUGUUUCGAUUUUCGUCUUGCUCUCGUGACUAUUUGAGUGUAAAUGUGCCAUCUUGCAUUUGUUACCUUGAGCACUUUUUUCAACUUAUUCCCGAUUUGCGGGAGCUUCGACUUACAGGAUUCGCCAAGUGUUCCGAUUGCGUUAAGACAAUCUUAAAAUGCUUUCCCAAGUUGGAAGAACUUUGGAUUCGGGGAACCUGCCUCAGACUUCAGUCUGAUUAUGAGCUGAUAUCGCAGAUGAAAUCCUUGACGAAACUGUCGAUAAACGUUGGUGGACCCAAUCGUCUGGAGCCUUUGACCAAUUUAACUGAAUUGCGAUCUCUUUAUGUGGAGAGUAUCUUCAGCUACAUAUCGCCAAUGGAGAUCAUAGAAAUCAUAAAACAUUGCAGGAAGUUGGAGUUCCUAUUCUGCUACUACAUAAAUCACGGAGAACAGCCACACGAUUCCAUUGCAAAUCUCUUCAGGAGCAUCAAAUCGAACCGAGAUCCUAGCCAACAAAAUCCUCUCAAAUUGCACACGUAUUUGGAUCCGCCUUUGUCUAAAGAAAAUAAACAACUAAUCGAUGAAGCCUAUUUCGAAUAUCGCCGGCAGCCUUGA